UUGGAAAUCCCCGAAAGUGGUCGGCCAUCUUGAGAAAAAUAGGCUACUGUACUUCCUGGAAUAUAUGUUUACAUCGUUAUCGAUGCGCUUCUUCUCAAUGUGAUUGACUCUCUCCCCGAAUAUUACCAUGCUGGAUUGAGCUGCAGUACGAGGAGCUAAAGGAAAUUGAUCAGUUUCGCAACAGUGUUGUGCUCAGUUGCUGUUUCGUCCCUGGCAAAUUAGUUGUCAGGCUUGUUUACUUGCCCCCUCCUGUUGCAAUUCAGGGGGCGUUAAUAAUCAAAAGAAUUGUCUUAUAACUGAAAAACCGAGAGAAAAACAAUGGCAGCUGAUUUUGAUCCCGAUGAUAGGGACAGUUGGUAUUUUGGAUUCUUGAGCAGACAAGAAGCAGCAGAUAUAUUAGAACAUGAGAAAGACAGUGGUGUAUUCCUAGUCAGAGAUAGUAGCACAAUCAGAGGAGAUUUUGUUUUAUGUGUCAAAGAAGACAACAAAAUCAGUCAUUAUAUAAUCAACAAAAUUCAGGGUGUUGGUGGAGUAGCCAGAUUCAGGAUAGGUGACCAGGAGUUUCCAGAUCUUCCAAGCCUGCUUAAUUUUUAUAAAACUCAUUAUUUAGACACAACAUCUUUGAUAAGGCCGGCACCGAGAGGUAUUAUAAAAGUAAAGGCAAAGUUUGAUUUUCCUGGAAAAGACCCAGAGGAUCUUCCAUUUAAAAAAGGUGACAUAUUAACAAUAAUUCGUAAAGAUGAAGACCAGUGGUGGACAGCAAUGAACAGUGAAGGAACAAAGGGGCAGAUCCCUGUACCUUAUGUCCAAAAGAUUGACCCCUCUGUUGAGGUAGCUGCCAAUCAUUUCCCAGUGGCCAAUGCUGCAGCACAGCCAGCAAACCCUGCCCCAGACUAUAGAGAUCCAAAACAGAUGAAUGGAACACAACCUAUAAGGAGGGAUAUACAGUUACCCUGUUUUGCAAGAGUAAUACAGAGAAGGAUACCCAAUGCUUAUGACCACUCUGCUUUGAAGCUAGAGGAAGGGGACAUUGUAAAAGUAAAUAAGAUGAACAUGAAUGGAAUAUGGGAAGGAGAAUUAAAUGGAAAAUCUGGAAACUUUCCUUUCCGAUAUGUGAAGUUAAUUGACAAAGAUGAUCCAGAUAAUCCUGAGGAUGAACAUCUUGUUAAGUAAACUGUUGCAAUAUGAUUAAAACGAUGAAGAGGGUAA